AAAAAGAGUGAGUGAGUGAGUGAGGAAAGGGUCUGCCUCUGCCCUUUUUAAUGGUCUAUUGUUGAGACUAGCACACAUCUCAAGCCAGAAGUAGCAGAAAGAGAAGAAGAGAAAAUGCGAUUAUAAAUUCUCACCAAGACGGCUUCUCCUUCUCCGUAACGGCUACUUUUUUCUUCUCAUACGGUCAGAGCAGGAGGAGACCUCAAGAUUGACCUGACUCUCUCUGGUUUUGUGGUGAGGAAGGACUUGUUCAUCGCUUUGUUUUGCUUCAGCGAAUGGACUGCGAUAACGACAAAAGUGCGCAAUGGGGUUGGCAAAAGGAUAGUUAUUUCCAAAAGGAUCCAAAUUACGUCAUGUCUGAAGGUCUUUGGAAUGGAGUGGCUCAAAAUGAAGAAGAUAUUUCUUAUAUGUUUGAUGAGGAAACAACCCCAGUUAAGGCCUGCAUGGAUUUGGAAUACCAUGUUGACCAUAAAGAUACUAUGAACAAGGAAGUUGAAGAAUGUAGGGAGUCCUUUUCACAAAUGAAGAGGCGCCGGAUGCUACAGUUUACCAAUGAUGACUUUGAUAACUCCCUUCUCUGUGAUGAGAUUUCAUCCGUCUUUCUUAAAUCAAAUGAGGUUGAUUCACUUGAGGAGGCUUUACCUUCUGCAUCUGAUUGGAUCUCUGGAUUUACAGAUACAUCUGCGUCUGCCUCUGGAUAUGAGACCCUGGAUCAUUCGGACGAAUGGAUUACUGAUUGCCUUAAUGAUAAUGAGAUGCAUUUCAGCUCUGAUACUAUGAAUACUUCUGGCACAUCUGAUUUUCAAAUUGAUAUCGCAGAGUUUUGCGAGAUUGCACCCGAGCAUGAAAAUAAUUUGCCACAACAACGUGUUUCUACUCCACAGAAGAUAGUUUUCAAAGGUAGGAAGUCUUUCAUUCGGACUCCCACUAAGCUGGCUACUUCAGUGGCAUACCCGUUUGCCUUUAUUAAACCCUCAGGGGCCCAUGGAGACGUAACUCUGAAGGAUAUAAACCAGAGAAUCCGCACUCCACCACCUUUGAAGUCAAAGAAAGCGACCGAAGAUCCAAGCAUUCCUUACCCCACUUCAGCCUUUUCUGGGAAGCCGGUUGUUGGAAAAACUAAAAUUCGUACCGAAGGAGGGAGAGGUAGCAUCACAAUUAUGAGAACAAAAGGCUAAGCAGGUAGAUAAGUUUUUCUUAACUUCCUUUUUGCGGCACCUUUGCCUUACCCCUCCACUAAUUUAUUGGGGUUGAGUUUUUCCUGUAAUAUUCCAGGGCAGUCAGGUAUAGGAGUUUCUAGUGCAUUUUUUUGUUGGAGGAUGUUUUUGGAAUGCAUAAACAUACCACUCUGUUUAUGCAUCUAAGUGGUGUAUUAGGUGUCUAAGUAGCUGUUAUUUUUUACAUGUUGACUUUUGAGUAGCCAAGAAUCUCUAUGCCUGGUAGAUCCUAUUUGCUCUGGUUUGUAAAAAGAACAUUGAUACCGUGCGCUCUCCCGGCCCCCGGCCCUUGCCCUUAAUUCCUAAAUAUAAUCCUUAUGUAUUGGAGUUAUGUAUAUGAAAAAUUGUACUUUAGAUGAGAUUGAAACUGCAAAAUAGAUAUGAUUUUACAUGCAUA